AUGAGUGAUGGAGGAGACAAGACUUGUCCUCUCUGUGCUGAGGAGAUGGAUUUGACUGAUCAGCAGUUGAAGCCUUGCAAGUGCGGCUAUGAGAUUUGUGUGUGGUGUUGGCAUCACAUAAUGGAUAUGGCUGAGAAGGAUGAGACUCAAGGGCUUUGUCCCGCAUGUCGCACUCCUUAUAACAAGGAAAAGAUUGUUGGGACAGCUGCAAAAUGUGAAAAGCUGGUUACAGAGUUGAAUGUGGAAAAAAAGCUUAAGUCACAGAGGGGAAAGGGAAAAACUUUGGAAGGAAGGAAGCAACUUGAAAGUGUGCGAGUCAUCCAGCGGAAUCUCGUCUAUAUUGUAGGCUUGCCUUUGAAUUAUGCAGACGAGGAUAUUCUACUGCGCAAAGAUUACUUCAGUCAGUAUGGAAAGGUGCUGAAGGUGUCAAUAUCUAGAACAGCAACUGGUGCUAUACAACAGUUUGCAAAUAAUACAUGCAGUGUAUAUAUAACAUAUUCAAAGGAGGAGGAGGCAGUUCGGUGUAUUCAGUCAGUACAUGGAUUUGUUUUGGACGGGAAAUCUUUGAGGGCAUGCUUUGGGACGACAAAAUACUGUCAUGCAUGGCUGAGAAACGUGCUUUGCAACAAUAAAGACUGUUUAUACUUGCACGAGAUUGGCUCACAAGAGGAUAGUUUUACGAAGGAUGAAAUAAUUUCAGCUUACACAAGAGUUCAGCAAAUAAAUGGGUCGUCAAAUAGUACUCAACAGUUUGCAGGGAGUGUGUUACCUCCGCCAGGAGAUGAAUACUGUUAUAAUAGCUCUACUUCUGGGAAGCCUAUAACUAAAGCUGCUACAAAUACAAAUAAUGAAGCAAGCAGUCCUAGUGUUUCUCCGCCGAAGAGUAGCUCAGGAAGAUCUGCUGCUCUUCCAGCUGGGGCAUCAUGGGGCACUCGUCCAUACUCCAAUGUGCCACCUAAUCAGAAACCUGAUAUUUCUAAUGGUCCAGUGACAAUUUCUAAGAAAACUUCAAGCACGAAUCAAGUUUCUUCAUUGCAGACUGAUACUGGAAAGAAGAAGAUCCAAAAUCAAGGGAACAUCAUAUCUCUAAAUAAAACGAAGGAAACUUCUAUUUUGAAAGAAAAAGAAUCGAAUGAGGAUUGCCGAAUACCUAUUUUCGAUGGUCUGGUGGCAUCUGUAAAUCUUGUAAAUUUGUCCUCAAGUAGACUGCCAAGCAGCCCACCAAAAGCCAACCCGACACCAGAUUCUUCUCGUAUAGUUGACUCUUCUGUAUCGUCAACUGGGCCUAUGCCAGAUGAUAAGUCCAUUGAUAACACAGAUAGAAACUCUGAAAGUGUAUGCUGUAGUAUUUUAUCAAUGAGCAUUCAUGAAAAUCAACAGGUCCAGAAUGGCUUUGUUGAGCACAAUAGUGAACCACUGAUUCGUCAAACAUCUGCAAAAGCUGCAAAUACCAUCAAUGAUAGAUGCGGUUCAAACAUUCAGUCUGGUUCUGGACUUGGAAUGCAGAGUAAAGUAGCACAAGUAGACUGGCAUGAAAGGGAGGAUGAUGUGUUAUGUUUUGAUAACCAAAGGAUUAAUGAUCCUGAGGUUUCUACUGUUGGAGUGCAAGAGUUUCCUGAUGUAUUAAAUUUAUCAAAGCAUUCUAAUACUCAUUCUCAUGGAUUUAAUAAUGAUGGCUGGACAGUUCCUAUUGGUUUAGACAGGCAGGUUGUAGAUGGGAAUUCAGUGGUUCCGACUCUUAAUUUCCCUAUUGCGCACUCUAAAAAUUUACUGAACAGAUCUGAGGGUAAUGAUGCUGGGAAUUUCAAUUUGUUUCCACGUACGGAGAGGCCUCUGCUUGGGAGAUAUGAAGGUGAAGCAUCUAGUUCUGGUGUUGAUAUGGCAGAAAGCAGCAUAAUAUCAAAUAUUUUAUCAAUGGAUUUUGACCCGUGGAGUGAGUCCUUAAAUUCACCUCAAAACCUUGUCAAGUUGUUGGGUGAAACUCAUAAGCAAGAAGGGUCAUUUGGAGUAUCUGGUCCUUGGAAAAUUCAUAAUAGCAAUCAAUCAAGGUUUUCAUUUGCUAGAGAAGGGGAAACCACGAACCAUGUCUCAGGUUCUGGACAAUCUGUUGAUUACUUUGAACAAUCAUUUAAGCAGCGCCCGUUUGGCCAUGAUAUAUGCAGUGGCAACAGCCCGAACCUGGAGAGGUCCGUAACUCGCAAUGGUUUACCUGUUUUUGGUGGUGAAGGACUAGAUAAUAUUGCUAGCAGUAAUUCUCAUAUUUCUUCUAACAAGCUCGCCGAUUCAAGAUCUCAUGUAUCUGCCCCUCCAAGAUUUUCAGUUCCUAGUCGAGCGGCACCACCUCCAGGCUUUGCAUCUCAUGGAAGGACAGAACCAAUUUUUGAACCACUUUCUGGAAGUCAUAUGCAUAACGCUUCUUCAGCUUUACUAAGAAACCAGUAUCAGGCACCCCGAGAUAGUAAUGCUUUUAGCAAUGGUGAUAUAGAGUUCAUGGAUCCUGCAAUUUUGGCUGUUGGCAAAGGUACACUUCCAGGUGGCAUCAACAACCUUGGCGUGGACGUGAGGUCUAAUUUUCCUCCACAACUGAAUAUGUAUGAAGAGUCAAGAUUCCAGUCUGUUUUACAAAGAUCUCUCCUCUCACAUCAGAACCAAAGAUUUAAUAAUGAUUUGGGGGACAAGUUUUCUACCCUUGGGGAUGCUUAUGGACUUCACUCUAGGUUAACGGAUCAAACUCUAUCAAAUAAUCUUCCCCCAUUUUCUCAGUUUAACCUGUCUCAUUCAAGGAAUGGGACAAGUCAUAAUGGACAAUGGCAUGGGUGGAGUGAGGUCAACAGUGUGAAUAAUUCCGGUAUGGCCGAACUGCUCAGAACCGAGCAGGUCGGUUUGAAUAAGUUCUAUGGUGGUUUUGAAGAUGCCAAGCUCCACAACCCCAGUUCAGGCAAUCUGUACAACAGGACAUAUGGGAUUUAA